AUGCCGACCGAAGCAAAGCAUGUCGUGCCCAAGCUCACCAAGGGCGUUUUGACGACGUGGCCAGCGCAAAGACGCGCGCCGCCCCCGAAGAGCGAGUCGAAGACGUCUGCUGCCGCCCCCGGCAAAGGCAUACCCAGGCAUACCCAACCCGCAAGCAGGCGAAGCUGGGCGCCAAGCAAGGAAGCCCGCCGACGCAUCACGCCACGCCGAUCAAGCAAGUUGCAAUUCCCCCCGGCCGCGGGACGCCGGGGCCCUUCUCUUCCCCCCCACGCGGAGAAUGCUCGCAGCCCCGACGAUGCAAGCAGAAACGCGUCGGCGAGGUGGUGCGGCCGCCGGGUUCCGUGA